AUGGAGGCGUCAACCCGCGCCGCGCUGUCGCACGCGCUGCACCCGACCACCCUCGUAUCGGCGCCCAAUCUACGGAGAUCGGUGCAUGUGGCGGCGGCGCCACAGCCUCUACCUCCUCUCGUCGCGUCACGCUCGUCGCGCUCGUCGCGCUAUUCGCGGAAGUCGUCCAAGUCAAUGAUGCCCGUGUCGCCGGGCCCCGGGAUCGCCGCUGUCGCCGGGAAGAAGAAACGGUUGUCUCGCAACCGCGCAGCGUCGCCGCCGCCUCAAGCCAUCGUGUCCGAUCAAUUCGCAGUCUCCGAGGAGACUGGCAUCAGCACGGACGCGCACGCGCACGCGGCGGCGGCGGCGGCGGAGGCGGGGGCGAAGGUGGAGCAGGUGUACGAGGAGGUGGACGGGCACAUGGUGCCGGCGCGCAUGCUCACGUUCACCAUCGUGGGCGCGUCGGGCGACCUGGCGCGCAAGAAGAUCUUCCCCGCACUCUUCGCGCUCUACUACGAGGGCUGCCUCCCGGAGCACUUUCAAAUAUUCGGGUACGCGCGCAGCAAGAUGGACGACGCGCAGUUGCGCGAGCUCAUUAGCUCCACGCUCACCUGCCGCAUCGACAAGAGCGACGACUGCGGAGACAAGAUGGACUUUUUCCUGGAGCGCUGCUUCUACCACAGCGGGCAGUACGACAGCGAGGACAACUUCGCGGGGCUCGAUGCGCGCAUGAAGAAACUCGAGGCGGGUUACAUAGCGGACCGCAUGUUCUACCUCGCCAUCCCGCCCAACGUCUUCGUGCCAGCAGCGCGGUCCGUGUCGCUGGCAGCGUCCUCAGAGUCGGGGUACACGCGUGUGAUCGUGGAGAAGCCGUUCGGGCGCGACAGCGAGUCCAGCGCGCUGCUCACGAAGCAGCUCGGGCAGCACUUCACUGAGGAUCAGAUCUACCGCAUCGACCACUACCUGGGCAAGGAGCUGGUGGAGAACCUGCUGGUGCUGCGGUUCUCGAACCUGGUGUUUGAGCCGCUGUGGUCGCGCCAGUACAUCCGCAACGUGCAGAUCAUCUUCUCCGAGGACUUUGGCACCGAGGGCCGCGGCGGCUACUUUGACCACUACGGCAUCAUCAGGGACAUCAUGCAGAACCAUCUGCUGCAGAUCCUCACGCUCUUCGCCAUGGAGCCACCCGUCUCGCUCUCCGCUGAUGAUAUCAUCAACGAGAAGGUGAAGGUGCUGCGGUCCAUGCGGCAGGUGAAGCUGGAGGACGCUGUGGUAGCACAGUACAAGGGCCACGUCAGCAAGUCCGGCUGCAAGUACCUGGGGUACACGGACGACCCCACAGUGCCCCCCAACAGCAUCACACCCACGUUUGCAGCAGCGGCAAUGUUCGUCGACAAUGCGCGCUGGGAUGGGGUGCCCUUCCUCAUGAAGGCCGGCAAGGCCCUGCACGACCUCCGGUGUGAGAUUCGAGUGCAGUUCCGGCACGUGCCGGGCAACCUGUACCAGCACAACAUGUUUGGCGUGGACGUGGACAUGGCGACCAACGAGUUGGUGAUUCGCCUGCAGCCCAACGAGGCCAUCUACCUCAAGAUCAACAACAAGGUGCCGGGCCUUGACUUCAGGCUUGACCGCUCGCGCCUCAACCUGCGAUACAUCGACAGGUACCAGCACGAGCUGCCUGACGCAUAUGAGCGGCUGCUGCUGGAUGCCAUGGAAGGGGACAAGCGCCUCUUUAUCCGCUCCGAUGAGCUGGAGGCUGCCUGGGGCAUCUUCACGCCGCUGUUGCAGGACCUGGAGAAGAAGCACCUUGCUCCGGAGCUCUACCCCUAUGGCAGUAGAGGCCCUAUUGGGGCGCAUUACUUGGCUGCUAAGCACAAUGUGCGAUGGGGUGAUCUUUCUUGA